UUUGCAGCCAAAUCACAAACAGUAGGUACAUAAUGUUUACAAUGUAGUUUCUUUUAUUUAAUUAUCACAGAAAAUAAAUUAAUUUUCUACAUUAAAUCUAAGAAAUCCAAGUGAACAAACCUAUCAAUUUGAGGUUCUAAAUAAUUAUGUUUUUUGUCAAGAGUUCGCUAAUUACAACACAUUAUUGGGACCUGCAUGAUAACAUUGUUUGAUAACGAUAUUUAGAAGAAACAUUGUUUUAAAUUAAACCCACCGAAAGCAUUUAUGUAUAAAUUUAAAUUAAAGUGGUAGUGCAAUAUAGGUGUAACUUUAAGAAAGAUAAAAGAUGGCAGAUUAUCACAUAAGAGAAGCCGCUGAAUCUCUGCUUGGUAGUGUAACAAAUCAACCACAACCACCUUAUAGGCAUUUAACCCAGUCACAAUCAGUGAAUUUAGUGACAGAUGAUUUAAUAGCUGGACACAGGCCUCAAGGAAGCAUGUCGUCUAUACGAAGAUUUUUCUGUCUGUUUGUCACAUUUGAUCUGCUGUUCACGAGUCUCAUGUGGCUUAUCUGUGUUAUGAUGCGCGGAGAAACCCUCAUACAAAUAUUCAACAGGGAAAUUAUACAUUUUGACAUUAAAGUGUCACUGUUCGACAUAGUACUAGUCGCGUUUCUGAGAUUUGUUCUGCUAAUAUUAUUCUACGCGAUACUGUAUAUAAAUAAUUGGAGUGUUAUUGCUCUGUCGACGGGGGGAACCUGUGCCUUUUUAAUAGCAAAAGUAUUCGUGUUUGAUUGGCCAAACGCUCCGCAGCCUGUAUACCAAGUAUUUCUGAUACUGGCAUCGUUUACUAUCUCGUGGGGAGAGGCCUGGUUUCUGGACUUCCGAGUGCUGCCGCAGGAGUUCCAGGCCAGACAGUUCUUGGACGCAAUCGUACACCAUGGAGCGACAGAGCGAACGCCCCUACUGGCCCAGCGCCCUAGAUCUACGUACGGAGAAUCCACAGUGAACUGGUUUUCACCGGUUGACACGCCGGAGAACAGCCCCAAGCCCCGAAGACCGGGAGAUCAAGUUAUACUCACGCAAGAUCAGAUCGAUGAGUACAAACGUAUGGCGGAUGAAAGCUUGGAGAACGCAUGGAAAGUGCUCCAUUCGAGCACGUGGAAACUGGAGAAGAGAGGGAGUCACAAGGGGGACCUGGUUGAGUCGACGCAAACUGAACAGUUCGGCAAGGUGUAUAGGUUUACGGGUAUUGUUGAUUGUCCGGCAAAGUUCAUGUAUGCAGAGUUCAAGGACAACCUCACCAGGUUACCGGAAUGGAAUCCGACUAUUUUGAAAAGUGAAAUGAUUAAGGAGAUAGGUCCUGGAGUAGACCUCUCAUACCAGGUGACAGCUGGCGGGGGAAGGGGCAUCAUAGCUCCUCGCGACUUCAUCAUACUCCGGCGGACCUCGGGCGUUACUCAGGACGGUGUUGCCACAGACGGUGAAGCGCAUUGCUACAUCAGCAGUGGAGUCAGUGUGGCGGUUCCAGGGUAUCCACCGAACAGAGAAAUGGUCAGAGGUCAUAACAAGGUCGGAUGUUGGUGCCUCACGCCCAAAAUGGUUGACACUCCCAGCGGCAAAGUGGAACAUACUGUGUUCCAAUGGCUCAUGUGCUGUGAUCUUAAAGGUAAAAUACCGCAGUUCGUUCUCGAUACGGCGUUCGCAACUGUGAUGUUAGACUAUAUAGUACACGUAAGGAAGUUCGUCUCUGACUCUAAAGCAAAGGGGGCCUUCUAGAGUAUAUUUCCUGUACACCAUAUAACCCCUGUAUGAUGAAACAGUGACGUCAGCAGGCUUUUGAUUGGUCAUUUUUGAUAUGUAUAAUCUUAUCUUAUUUUAUCCUAGGCUAGGGUUUUUGUACAGUAUGUUUAAGAAAAGCUUUACUAUUGGAUUUUUUACCGCGUUUCGGUUUGAAUCUAUUUGACGUUUCUCCUGUUUGAUGACAGUUGACAUGACGUUUGAAAAUGACAGAUUGAAUGACAGCUUAACUGACUUUUCCUUCGAAUAAAUGUCGGUCGCAAUUUGAGCAGUUUUAAUUGUGCUUAUUAACAACAACUCAUUUGUAAACUGUUAACCAUUAAAGCAGCUAUACACAUAUAUACACUAUACAUACUGUACAAAAGUCUGGCCCAAGAUCCUUAACUGCGAGAAAUAUCUCCUUUGUAGAUAUCUAUUUUUCAAUUGGCACACAGAUAAUAAUUACUUCCUUAUUGUGUUAUAAAUUUACCACAAUGACUCCAAAAAAUUACUGAAAACUUUAUAGAAAUAUGUAUAAGGACCAACUAUCGCAGAUAUAAAUAAUAUGAAGGCUAGGAAGAUAGAAACAAAUUGUAAAAUAUAUAAGGUGCAUCUGGGUAACUUCGGAUACAGGAUAAUUUAAAUAACUUCUAAACAUAGAGCGAGACGCCAUCUUGUUUUUGAUCCUCGCUUCAGUCAGCAGUCUGCGUCUAGCGAUACAACACACUGGUUCUGUGUCGAGUGACACAAAAACAAUUAAAAAAAUUCCGAGCUUUCCUUGAUGCAUAACUUAUACAGCGUUUAACAUACGGGUAGAACUACUUGAGCGUAAUCACAAAAAAAAAGAUAAAAAAAACACACCUAAAUAAAUUCAUAAUAUCAUUUCGGAACAACCUGUAGAAUCUAGUAGCCGUGUGCUAGCGUAGGCACUGACACCUACUUCGUGGCGUUUUAUGCGAUUACGUAACGGUGAUUAAAUCUUUUUUCUCAAAAUAUAUAAUUUGUUUGUUUGGAAAUAAUAAAAGUUAAAUUAUUUACUUUAAAUUUUAGAUUUUUUUUAACGAUUAAACUUAGAUAGCUCUACCUGUGAGUUCGUUAAUUUUCAUGUAAUGUCGUCAUUAUAGCACGCUGUAUCGAGCCAGGGUUGUAUAAUGAUAUUCAACUUUCUAAAUAAUAUAUUGUUAAAAUAAGUUACUGUAAACCCAAAGAUUAACGACUUAACUCAUCAAAUGAACGAUAAUUCAAUUUUAAGAUUUGGUUGAUUUGAAUAAAAAAUAUAAUUAAAACAUACCCUCAGUAUUUAUUUUCACUUAAGUUUAUUAAAAAAAUCCGUUAGCCAUAUUUAACACAAAUAAUAAAAUAAACAUGGCGGAUUAGAUAAUUUAUACAUCUAGAUAGAGCCUGUUGUUGCUAAAACAGGUUUAUUGCUUUAGUGUGCGUAACAAGCUACGUCUUUCACUCGCGGUUUGACACUUUGUGUUAAUGUGCAUGCAUUGGUCAAAAUAGAGGCUAACUGUCAACCUCAAUUUUUUUUUGACGUUUUCACAGCUGUCACAGUCUAUCUAGACGUAUAUGUGAUCUAAGCAUAAGGAAUCGGUCGCCAUUUUGGAACAUGAUAAUUAUACUUGCUAUGUAUGUGUUUUUGUUAGUUAAGUUAGCCAUAUUUUUUAUCUCUCUGUAUUUCCUUGUCAAUUUACAAUUAAUAUAUUUAUAUCUAAAAAAUUAUGUUGUUGAUUUUUUUUUUAUGUCAGACCAGAUGUUACCAACAUUUCAAAGAGUUGAUAAUAUUGAUAUUAUAUACAUAUUUUAUAAAUCAACGGAAUCAUAUUCAAAUCAGUUUGUAUUAUUAUGUUGAAUUUGUUAAUAUUUUUAACUGUUAAGUGUUUACUUCAAAGUUCUAUCUCAAUUUGAAAUGGAACUUCCUAUUAGUCGUUUUUUGUAUUUAAUUUUGAAUAACUUUAUUACUCUUUUUUCUUUUUAUUAAUCUUGACAAAAACAAUAAGGAAUUUUAAACCACUGUAUAGAUAAAAAUAUCUCGAUGAAGCAUUUGUCCACAGUACCUAUCUUUUGUAAGGAAUUUUAUUCCGUAAGUCUUGUGGAAUGAAAUUCCUUGCGCAUUGUUUCCAAAUCUGAUUGUGGACAGCGAUGAUUCCAUACGCUCCUAUGUCAUGUAAUAAGUCGAUACUCGAUUAUGGUUCUAAUUACUAUACUAAAGCCAACGAGAGGAGAAAAAAAAUGUAAACAAACGACCGUUACUGAGAUACAUUCGAUUCGGACUCUUCCGACGUCUAAUACAGACGACAGCGAUUAGAAUGCAAAAUCUGUAUAUAAUUUAUUGGAAUAAAUAUGUUUUGAAGCCCUGAAACUUUGCUUACAUUCUUUUUCUCGUCUCGUUGGCUUUACUAUAUAUAGCAAUAAAUUAGAUACUACAUCUUUGAAUAAAUAACCCUAUAACCAUAAAGUAAUAUAAAUUAAUAAAGCGUUGAUACACCACCACACUUUCUUCAGCUAAGCGCAUGCGGCAACAGGUCCGUAUGUCCGCCUCUCCAUUUCCGCGCUCUGCACUUAGGGUCCAUUACAUUCAACCAUGCGUUUUGUAAUUAAUUACUUAACUUUCAGUUAAAUUUUCUAAGUACUCAAUAUCUAUUUUUACGCCAUUUCUUCUUGAUAUGCGAUCGUUAUUGCCUCACCAGUGAUGCUGUAUUGUCUAUUAUAUUCUACAUCGAGGAUUGAACUCUAUGGCAUGCCUAUUUGAACAUCGGAGCCUUUUGAUUGUAUACUGCCAAUGUCUACAAACUGUAAACGACUAUUUUAAGUUAGAAGUCAUUAAUUUUAAAGAAUUGUCGCAAACAUCAUAAACUCAAGGUCAAGUAAAAGGGUACUAAAAUCCACGCAAUCAAAAGCCUUCGAAAGGUAACAGAAAAUAGCUAUUGCAUCAUGGGAAUCCUCACAGCGUUCACACAUGCUGGUAUGUACCAACAGAUAAGGUUAUUGUCGCCAAUGUAUCUCGCAUCUCUUUCUAAUGAAAUAAUAAAGCGCGUACACCUUCCUUAAAGGCCGGCAACGCUCUUGUGAUUCCUCUGGUCUUGCAAGAGAAUGUGGGCGGCGGUGAUCACUUAACACCAGGUGACCCGUAUGCUCGUUUGUCCUCCUAUUCCAUAAAAAAAAUGAGUGGUCGUAUUGGAGUAUUGCUAAGUCAUUGUCUCUCUAUAACAUCUGCCCUGAUCAUUUUAAUUUCAAAGGGCUUGUUAUAUCGUCAACCAAACCGUUGUACAGUAUGUCAAUUGCAAAAUUUACAAAUAAGUUAUGAUCACAAUCGCCUUGUUGAUUGAUUGCACUCACUGGUGGUGAAUACGAAAAAGUGGUAAGACAAAAUGUCAUUGUUUUUGCCCUUUUUAUUCUUAACAGAUUUUGUAUGUUGUUGUCUCGCACAUGGUAUCAUUUCUUGCUUAGCAUAUCCAGAUUGCUACUUGAUCUUUGAUUGACUGACAUAAUAUGCUAUUAUUGACAUUCGUGAAAACGUCAAUCACCGUCGCCAUAUUGACUGGUAAUUUGUUUCUUACUUGAAUAAGUUUUUAAAUUUAUGAAAUAAUAAAGUAAUUAUAUUUUAGAACUGAUAAUUGGAAACUGUUUGGAUUAAAUUAACUAUCAACAAACAUACUGUACAAUCAUAUGGCUCUUGGUCUAUAAUUAUUUGAUACAUCUCACAAUGAGCUUCGUGUAUAAAUGUUAUAAAACAUAGUUUUAAGGAAAUAUAUAAUUUUUAUACUUG